AUGGAGAAAUCAGCCUAUCCCCAGGACGGCGGUGCCAUGGACUCCUCCAUUGCAGACACGCCCGCCUAUUAUGGUGAGAGCGAGCCUACUGGCUCCUGGCAUCAGCGUUUGGUCGACAGCUUCAAGCGCGAUCCCAAUGCCCAUGUUACCAAAGGCGGCCAAGUCGGCGCAGAUGGUAAUGUCUUCGAUGCCGAGGCCGCUGCUCAUAAUACCGCCAACUCGCCUUUGCAGCGACGCCUGAAAAGUCGUCAUCUGCAAAUGAUUGCCAUAGGCGGUUCUAUCGGAACUGGUCUGUUUGUCGCAUCUGGAGAAGUCCUGGCGACGGGGGGUCCGGCUUCCGUCGUCAUUGCUUACAUUCUCAUCGGAAUCAUGUUGUAUUGCACUGUCCAUGCCUUGGGGGAAAUGGCCGUCUGUUUCCCGGUCGCUGGCUCAUUUGCUGCUUAUUCAACCCGUUUCAUCGACCCAGCCUGGGGGUUUGCCAUGGGGUGGAAUUAUGCCUUGCAGUGGCUAGUAGUUAUGCCCCUGGAAAUCGUUGCUGCCUCGAUAACCAUUGAUUAUUGGCACUCCAGUGUUAGUCAUGCAGCCUGGGUGGCCAUUUUUUGGUCACUGAUUGUGGUUAUCAAUCUGUUUGGGGUGCGCGGGUAUGGUGAAGCCGAGUUUGCAUUUGCCAUCAUUAAAGUAACCGCAGUUGUCGGCUUUAUUAUCCUAGGGGUUAUCUUGAACUGCGGCGGCGGCCCUAAUGGUGGCUAUAUCGGCGGUAAAUAUUGGCAUGAUCCAGGCGCUUUCCACCAUGGAUUCAAAGGUCUUUGCAGUGUCUUCGUGAAUGCAGCUUUUGCAUUCGCUGGUACCGAGUUGGUCGGUUUGGCUGCCGCCGAAACACAAAACCCACGGAAAUCCAUCCCCCGUGCGAUUAAGCAGGUCUUUUGGCGCAUUGCCUUAUUCUACGUUGUGGCAUUGACCGUAGUCGGCUUGCUAGUCCCAUAUACUGAACCUAAGCUCAUGAACGGCAAGUCGUCCGCGGAUGCGUCAGCUUCACCAUUCGUCAUUGCCAUUGAAACCGCCGGUAUCAGCGGGCUACCUUCCGUCAUGAAUGUAGUUAUCAUGAUUGCAGUUUUGUCUGUUGGAAACUCUUCGGUUUACGGUUCCUCUCGUACCCUUGCAGCCCUGGCAGAGCAGGGACAAGCGCCCCGCUUUUUGGCUUACAUUGACCGUCAAGGUCGUCCGCUGUUUGCCAUCCUUGUCUCUUCUGCCCUUGGUCUUUUGGCCUUCCUAGCUGCUUCGGAUAAAGAGGGUGACGCCUUUACCUGGAUGCUUGCCAUUUCAGGCUUGUCAUCAGUCUUUACAUGGGGAUCUAUCUGUCUAUCUCACAUCCGUUUCCGUCGUGCUUGGAAAGUUCAAGGAUACUCGCUCGGGGAACUCCCCUUCCGGUCUCAGGUUGGCGUGCUUGGAUCGUGGGUUGGCUUCAUUUUCAACUGUCUCGUGCUCGUCGCCCAGUUUUGGGUUGCUUUCGCACCAGUGGGAUAUGCAAGCGAAACAGCGGCAGAGCUUACGCAGAACUUUUUCUCCUACUACCUCGCAGCCCCCAUCGUUAUUGCAUUCUACAUCCCAUACAAACUGUACUACCACACACCUUUCAUGAAAGCCGACCAGAUGGAUUUGGUCACGGGACGUCGAGAACUCGAUGUACAGCAUCUUAUCGAGGAAGAGCGCGCAGAACAGGCGAGCUGGCCGCUGUGGAGAAAGGUGUAUCAUAUAUUCUGUUAG